AUGGUUGCUCUCGAACGGAAAAGAAAGUCAGAAGAAAGUCUAACAAAUGGUAAACACAAGAAGCAUAAAUCAUCACUUGUAACAUCAUCAUUCAUAUUACAUUCAUACUCAAAAUUACCAGAUAUAAAUGAAAUACCCAAACCCAAAACGGAGGGACUUGACAUAUUUGUAUGGGGAUCGGGAUCAAUGUGUGAGUUGGGAUUAGGUCCUGCAGCUAGCACGAAGGAAGUUAAAAGACCAAGGUUAAAUCCAUAUUUGAGUGAAGAAAAGCUAGGAGGUACAAAAAUAGUUGAUUUUGCAGUUGGAGGUAUGCAUACAUUAGCAUUAGAUGGUAAAAAUAGAAUAUGGUCUUGGGGAACUAAUGACAGCGCGGUAUUAGGAAGAGACACGUCAGACUCAAAAGUUGCUUUAAAAGAUAUGGACGCCGAUGAUAGCGAUGACGAAGAUGGAGAUUUAAAUGAAGCUGAAUCUACGCCAGGUUUAGUUGAAAACUUGAAACCAGAUGAAAAGAUUAUACAAUUAGCAGCUACAGAUAAUUUGAGUGCGGCCCUUUUAUCAAAUGGAGAUGUAUAUGCAUGGGGUUGUUUCCGUUGCAAUGAAGGUUUGUUGGGAUUUUUGAGAAGUGAAAUUAAAAUACAAAAAACUCCAAUGAAAAUACCUGAAUUGAAAAAUAUAGUACAAUUAGCCAGUGGAAAAGAUCACUUAUUGGCAUUGGACUCAAAAGGAAUCGUUUUCGCUUGGGGUAAUGGACAGCAGUUUCAAUUGGGUAGAAGAAUACUAGAAAGACAUCGUUAUAGAUCCUUAGAACCACAACAAUUUGGUUUAUAUAAUAUUAAAUACGUUGCUAGUGGAGAUUUCCAUUGUUUUGCCGUAGAUCAUAAUGAUAAAGUUUAUGCUUGGGGUUUAAAUCAAUUUGGACAAUGUGCGGUUACUGGAGCAAAUGGGGAAUUAGAAGAUGGUUCCAUUUUAACGAAGCCUACUUUAGUUCCAGAAUUGAGUAAUUUAGGAAUACAAAAAAUAGUAGCGGGAGAACAUCAUACAUUAGCAUUAACGGCAUCAGGUGAAGUUUUAGCUUGGGGUAGAUACGAUAUGAAAGAGGUAGGUAUCCCACAUGAUCAACUACCGGCAUCAACUUUCAAAGAUCAACAUGGCAAACCAAGAUCAGUUCCUACUCCAACAAAAUUAAAGUUUGGAAAGACUGGAAAUGUGUUAAUAAAAGAUAUUGGUACCGGGUCACAUCAUUCGUUCGCUGUGACGGAUGAUGGUUUUGUUUAUGCUUGGGGUUUUUCAGAAACAUAUGCUCCCGGGUUAGGUAAUUUAGAGGAAGAUGUGGAAGUACCAACAAGAAUUGUAAACACUGCUACGAAAAAUGAAAAUAUUGAAAUAAUUGGUGCUGGUGGCCAAUUUUCAGUAAGUGGAGGAAUUAAAAUUAAAGAUGAAUCAAAGGCAGAAGAGAGGUUAGAAAAGUAUGAAGACAUAGAUGAUGAAUAA